GAACAAAGUUAAUAUUUUAACCCAAGAAAAAAAAAAAAAAAGGAAAAUUCGGUGGGGAUUUUGGCAUAUGCUAAUUUGCCAAGUUGUGGUCUUGGUUUUGCCUCUUUUGAUCUCAACUUCCUCUCCUUUCUUUCUCUCUCAUAAUCUCUCAAAAAAUUUCAACCAAUUUCCCGAAAAUUAGAUUACCAAUUUUCAUUUUUUAAUUUCAUAGUUUUAUUGUUAAUUAGAUUAACAAGAUUACCAGGAUAUAUCUGAAUUUGAUCCGUCAAUUUCUUGUAAAUUGAGGUUUAAUUUUAGGUGGGUACGAAUAAUUCAGCUGAAUUAGGAGGAGAAUUGUAUGAUUUUGGGUGAAAAAAGGUGAAAUUUUUUGUGGGUGUGACAAAAAUUUGUGGGGUAUUGGUAAAUGAAUGUGGGUAAUUGAAAAAAAAAUCGAACUUGGGAAAAAUUUGUGAAGGAAAUGCUGUAUUUGAAGCAGCCAAUGGUUCAAGAAUUGGGUGAUGGUGAAUUUGUUUAUUUGAAGUGAGGAAUUUGAAUGCGAGUCUGAGAAAUUCCCGAGCCCGGAGGCUCGGGGAUCUACAAGAGAGCGCGAAAAAUAAGGAAAAUGGGUUCUCAAGAAGAGGAACCUCAACCUUUUCACCCUAGUCUCUCUCCUCCUGAGACGUGUAUGCACAAGUUCAGGCUCUAUGAGACUCGAUCGAAAUUUUAUAUGAUAGGAAGGGACAAGAGUAGAACAUAUUGGCGUGUGUUAACCAUAGAUAGGUCAGAACCAUGUGAACUUAACAUUCACGAAGAUCCUACUACAUAUACUGAAAGUGAAUGCAACGAAAUUUUGAAACGGAUACAUGAAGGAAAUAAGUCCAUUGGUGGACUUAAAUUUGUCACUACUUGCUAUGGAAUUGUUGGAUUUGUUAAAUUUCUGGGGCCUUAUUAUAUGCUGCUAAUCACUCAAAGGAGGAAAAUUGGCUCAAUAUGUGGCCACAUGAUAUAUGCUAUCUCAAAGAGUGAGAUAAUUGCUCUUCCAGAUUCUGCAGAGCAAAGCCAUAUGACGAACUCAAGGAAUGAAUACAGGUAUAAGAAGCUUCUGUGCAUGGUUGAUCUUACGAAGGACUUCUUCUUCAGCUAUUCAUAUCAUGUCAUGCGUACUCUACAGAGGAACCUGUGUGAUAGACAGACAGGGCAUGUCCUCUAUGAAACUAUGUUUGUCUGGAAUGAAUUUUUGACCCGUGGAAUUCGAAGUCAUCUCCAAAACACACUAUGGACUGUUGCAUUGGUUUAUGGUUUUUUUAAGCAAGGGACACUCUCUAUAGCUGGGAGCGACUUUAAGCUAACCCUUAUAGCUAGGCGUUCACGUCAUUAUGCCGGUACAAGGUAUCUUAAACGAGGAGUUAAUGAAAAAGGGCGAGUGGCAAAUGAUGUUGAAACGGAACAGAUUGUAUUCGAGGAUGUUGCUGAAGGAUUACCUGUGCGAAUUAGUUCUGUCGUCCAGAAUCGUGGCUCUAUUCCUCUUUUUUGGUCACAGGAAACUUCUCGCUUAAAUAUUAAGCCUGAUAUUAUAUUAUCUAAGAAAGAUCAGAAUUAUGAAGCUACAAGGCUCCAUUUUGAAAAUCUUACCAAGCGAUAUGGCAAUCCAAUAAUCAUUUUAAAUCUGAUCAAGACGGCUGAAAAGAGGCCACGAGAGUCUAUUCUGCGUCAAGAGUUUGCAAAUGCAAUUGAAUUUAUUAAUAAAGAUUUGCCUGAAGAAAAACGCUUGAAGUUCCUGCACUGGGAUUUGAAUAAACAUUCACGAAGCAAAUCUACAAAUGUGUUGCUUCUCCUAGGAAAAGUUGCUGCAUAUGCAUUGACACUAACAGGAUUCUUUUACUGUCAACUACUACCAGCUGCCGGGUCUGGUGAUCCUCUAGAAUGUCCAUCUUCUGGGGACUUCGAGACAAUAGACUCUUCUGAACAGAAUGAUCCUCUUUUUGGCUGUGAGGAUGUGGAUAAUGUUGAAGGAGAUGCUGGUGAAAAUAAAACCAAUGGAGAUUUUGCUGACAGGAAGCCAAUGUUCCAAAAUGGCGUUUUAAGGACCAAUUGCAUAGAUUGCCUAGAUCGCACAAAUGUUGCACAGUUUGCCUAUGGAUUAGCUGCCCUUGGACACCAGCUUCACUCUCUAGAUAUGAUAGAUGUUCCGAAGGUAGACCUUAACUCACAGCUAGCUGAUAGUUUGAUGGGGUUCUAUGAGAAAAUGGGGGACACUCUUGCACAUCAGUAUGGAGGCUCUGCUGCUCACAACAAGAUAUUCUCUCAAAGAAGGGGUCAGUGGAAAGCAGCGACCCAAUCCCAGGAAUUCUUCAGAACUCUGCAAAGAUAUUAUAGCAAUGCAUAUAUGGAUGCAGAGAAGCAAAAUGCUAUUAAUGUAUUCCUGGGACAUUUCCAACCGCAGCAGGGGAAGCCAGCUCUGUGGGAUUUGGGCUCCGAUUACAACUGCACUGCGGGGAGAAAUGGGCAAAUGGAUGUUGAUGAAAAUGGAAGGUCUUUAUUCAAAAGAUGCUGGUCAGAUGGAAACAUGCUGCGUGGAAGAGACACUCCCAUUUCAUCGAGACAUGUACUACAGGAGAAUUUUACAAACUUGGUAUUCCCUGAUACAUCUGAAGGUUCUAACCGGAUUAUGGUUGAAUCAUCUCCUGAUAUGUCACAUAAGGAAAAUGAUACGUCAUAUUACAGAUAUUCCCAAACUAUGCCUCGCAAGCAGCUUUUUGGAGAUGUGCAAAGAGAAUAUUAUGCUGAGAAUGAUAAUGUCAACGUCCAUGAACGCGUAGAUACAGUAGAUAGCUCAAAUUUUGUAGACUUGGAUUGGCUUUCUUCUUCUGGAUAUUCAUGUGGGGAAGAGUCUUGUGAGAGGUCGAUGUCUAUGAAUUCUCCACUUACUGGUGUAUCAUUGGAUAAUGUCAUGAAUGGAGUGACAGGAGAAACAACUCCAUCCAGCAGUCAGUAUGGAUCAGGCAUGAGGACAAGGGAACAGACAGAAGGAGAACUAUCAUCAUGUGGCCAGGUUAAUGAUUCUGUGCUAGAAGAAUUCUCCGAAAGCUUUGUGCGUUGGGUUGUAUCAGGAGAGUCGCUUUGCUUUUGAAAAUUUUGAACUUUCUUGCUGUGGUUUCCUGUCUUCCUCCUGUCUGAAAUUUUGAGAUUGUGUGCGGAGCUCUUCCUUUGUUCUCCUUGUGAAUGAAUUCCAUGCCCCUUCGUUUAUCGUAAGAGUUGCGAAGUUAAUGUAGAGCUUGUAGGCUAGAGAGUGAGCUGGUACCGUGAGAGUUGACAAUGCUUAGUGGAGUGCUUGAGCAAUUGCCUCACCUGUCAUUUGAAAAUCAGAAGCUGAUGGUAAAUAGCCAAUAGUUUACAGAUUCUUUUAGGAGUUUUUUUCUUCCUUUUCUUUGCUUUUUUUUUUUUUUUUUUUUCUUGUUUUCUCCUUGAACUAUUUUCUUGUAAAUAUGUAUCCUUUGCUCUUGUGAGCUCCUCUUGCAAAUGUAGGCAGUUGAUUCUUUUCAUCUGUUUUAACAAUAGAUCGAAUUGAAGGAAUUUCAUACUGAAAAUGAUAGAAGAAAGAGGACAUUAAGGAAUAGUUGGUUUUGUACAAUUGUUGGACUGCUUUCUCAAUGUCAUUUUCAACUCCUUAUUUCCUGAAUUUCACCAAUUAUUCUUUAAUUAAAAUUUCAUUUUACUUUUCUUCUUUUCCUUAA